AUGAACUUUCCUGGUGCUGAUCUAGAGGUGCACGCUGUGCCUUCGCAAACCCCAUCUCCUUUUCCUGAACCCAUCCUGGAGCCUCCGCCUCAGCUUGACAAUCAUCCUGGAGGCGACUAUCGCAAAGUCGAGCCGCCCUCAGUUGGUACUCCUGGUUUAGACCGAGAUCAAGAUGAGCUGCCACACAUCUCCAUCCCGGCUUUCAAUGAAGAGUCUUGCAUUCGUAUGGCAUACCUGCAUGCAGUAAUGGGUAACACGUUUGAGAAUUUGACAUGGAAAGCUGCGACACAACAACUAAACCAGUCACUUGAUUGUCUGGAUGCACAAGCUGGCGAACUUCCUAUCAACCCUCAGCCAGCUCGGACUUUGGCUACUGCUAGGCGACAUCUUGGCAUCGAUCCAGAUGCAUGGAUCAUACAGUAUGCCAUCUGCCCAGUCUGUUGGAAGCACCACACUCCGAACGAACUAAAGGAGCUUGCAUCACCAGACUGCACUGUUCCUGGAUGCUCGGGUAAAAUUUAUGUUGAAGUUCUUGACUCCAGCGGUAGGACCCGACGCGAUCCCAUCAAGAUUAACCCACAAGUCUCCAUCGUCGAGAGCAUCCGGUGUAUGAUGAUGCACCCAGGUUUUGCAAGAUCGCUGUGCGAUUUUCGUAGCCAUCAAGCCGGAUGCAACAAUGAUGAAGACUAUCAAAUGGAGGACAUCUACGAUGGGGACAUGCUGUUCAAGCUGCAAACUGGUACCGUCCAAGAAGUUAACUCCACGGGUACUGUUCAUGAUCGACCGUGUGAGAAUGGUGCAAAUGCAACAAAGCUUGUUAGCCAUCGCUAUGGACUAGCGCUCUCCAUGAAUCUUGACUGGUGA